AUGUCUUCUGAGGUUGCUGCUAAGGACAUGUCUUCUGGUCCUUCACUCAAGUCAAAUGAAGCUCAAGGUACAACUGGAACUGGGGAUGUGAAUGACUCAAUUAAGCCCCACCAGUGGGGUUUCAAAAUAAAUCUUUUGCUUUUGACACUUUGUUUGUUUGUGUUUCUUAUGAUGUCUUCAGAGGUUACUGCUGCUAGGGACACACCCAUUGGUCCUUCACUAAUUGAUCCAUCACUCAAAUCAAAUGAAGCUGAAGGUACAACUGGAUCGUUGAAUGACCUGAUUAGGCCCCAAUGGUUGCAAUUCGCAUGGCCGAUAGGAAAAUUUGUCGCAGAGGAGGUAGCAAUAUAUUGCUUAGGUUGCCAGUGGAAGUGUUGCAUGCUGGAUCAUAUUCCUCCUAAUUAACGACAAUCUGAUGCACUAAAUUUUUAUUAGACAUGUAUUUCAAAAAAAAAAUCGGACCAUAAAUAUCUAGUAUACACAAUUUUACCAUUAGUAUACUCCUACUACUACUAAUAUAUAUAUAUAUACUUUGG